UGUGACUUGAUCCACUCAGACUUCGUCGGGGAGAAGUACCUGACUGCAACCGUGUAAAUUCUCUCCGUUUCUUUUUUUUUUUUGCGGCUUUUAAGUAAUUUUUUUUUUCAUUUGGAGUCUUUCAGCCUUUGUUCCAGGAUGGUCAAACUAUCUUUCAACUCCGCUUUGGCCCAGAAAGAUGUGAAAAAAGACGCCGAAACUCUUAUUCCCGAGGAGGACACAGAUGCUGAGGCAGCAGUGCCGGUGGUGCAUCACCAGUCCCGGGCCUGGUGUUGGUGCAUGUGCCUGGGAUUGGCCCUCAUGUUGUCUGGAGUGGUGGUGGGAGGAGCCUAUCUGUACCGCUACUACAGCGACAGGGCAAGUACUUCUGAACUAAACUCGUACCUGGACCAGGACCAGGUCUUCUUCUGUGGGGUGAAUUACCGCGAGGAGGACUUCAUGAUUUCAGAGGAGCCGGAGGUUGAGCUGGACCUGCCAAACCAGUUCCAGCUCCGGCAGCUGGAGGAGAGAAUCCGAGUGCUGGAGAGGGAGCAGGUGGAGCUGAUCAACGUCCCAGUGCCCGAGUUCGAUGACGGAGACCCCGCAGACAUCGUCCACGACUUCCAGAGGAGUCUGACCGCCUACCUGGAUCUGAGUCUGAAUAAGUGCUACGUCAUCCCACUCAACACCUCCAUCGUCAUGCCUCCCAAAGACCUCCUGGAGCUGGUGAUCAAUGUCAAGGCUGGAACCUACCUGCCCCAGUCCUACCUGGUCCAUGAGGAGAUGGUGGUGACCGAGCGCCUGGAACACGUCGACCAGCUCGGAUACUUCAUCUACAACCUGUGCCGCGGCAAAGAGACCUUCAAGCUGCAGCGCAGAGACAGGAUUCUGGGGAUGCAGAAGCGCGAGGCCAUGAACUGCCGCAAGAUCCGUCACUUCAGCAGCGCCCAGGUGGUGGAGACGCUCAUCUGCGAGCCCUAGGACACCGCGCCACACCGCGCCCCCAACGCCGCGGCUGCAGCGACACCGCGUUUUCAUUUUUAAUCAUCACCUCUUUUUUCUGUCCUUCACUUCAGGUAGUUUUGAGUGAGUGGGGGGAGGAUUUCAUGAUUUGAAACAGACGAGAAGAGUUGUGUAUUUUUCCACUUUCUGUACGGGAAUAUUUGUUAUUCUGGGAACUGUUAUCUUUUCAGACAAUAACUAGCGAUAAAUUCAGCACUGCUGAGUAUGAAAUAGUAAAUUAUUUUAAUCAAGUAAUUGCAACUAUAGCAUGAACAUGUAUUAUAUUAGAUAUGGGCAAAUUUACAGUUUUUUCAGUUCAAUUAUCGAAAAAGUGAAAGAAAAAAGGAACUUUUCUACCACCUAUCUAUCAGUUCAAGGAGAAUUGUUUGUUUUUUGUUUUUUUUUUGUAUUGUCUGCUGUAGCUUUUAAUACACUGCACCUGUUCUUUCUUAACUGGAAAACGACCUUAACAUAAGAGUGUGAUCCUUAAAAAUAAAGAGAGGAAGUGAAAAUACAGGAAUUCCACUUUUUUUGAGUUGACGGGAAAACCCACUUGUGUUAAGGUCUUUUUCAUGAGGGUUGUCUGUGAAAUGUUGUUGUCUUUUUUUGAAUGUGUAAUUUUUUUGGAUAACUCUGCCUGUUGUACUAAUUUGUGUAUAUAAUCUCUUAAAAGAUAUGAACAGACCAACACAAUAAAGAGACAAAAAG